AUGCAUGUUGAUAAAUCUUGGAUGCAAUCUGGGAGGUCUUCAGAAGAUUAUUUUGCAGGAGUUGAAAGUUUUCUUAAUUAUGCAUACAACCAUGUUAAGCCGGAUGAUUCUAAGAUAUUUUGUCCUUGCUCUAAAUGCAGUAAUAGAUAUAGACAUCUGAGGUAUGAGGUACACAAGCAUCUUCUUUAUAACGGAAUUAAACUGACUUAUACUACAUGGAAUUUGCACGGCGAGGGUGAGGAUGAGGAUAGUGAUGAAAGUGAUAGUGACAAUGAUGGACAUGAUGUGGCCAGUAUGGAGCAAGACGAUGAUAUGCAUGGUUUAAUAGAAGCAGGUUGUCCACAAGAUCCAAAUGGAGAUGCACACAAGUUUUACAAAUUGUUAGAAGAGGCAGAACAACCAUUGUAUGCUGGUUGUGAGUCGUAUUCUAAUUUGUCUUUUGUUGUGAACCUAAUGCAUAUCAAGGGUAUCGGUACUAUGAGCAUUAAAGCAUUUGGUAUGUUGCUAACAUUGUUGAAAAAUGCAUUUCCUUUUUGUGAGAAGUUACCUACAACCACCAACGGUGCAAAGAAAAUUAUUUCAGAUUUAGGUCUUCAUUAUGAUAAAAUAGAUGCAUGCAAUAAUGAUUGCAUCAUUUAUUAUAAGGAGCAUGCAAAUGCAAUGCAAUGUCCUACAUGUAAGCUUUCGAGAUGGAAGAAACAAGGAAAGGGUAGCAAAAAGAAAGGUAAAAGGGUUCCAUGGAAGGUGCUUAGAUAUUUUCCACUCACACCAAGACUUCAAAGAUUAUUCAUGUCAUCCAAGACAGCUGUAGAUAUGAGGUGGCAUUUUAAGGAUCGUGUAAAAGAUGGAGUGUUGAGGCAUCCGGGAGAUUCUGAGGCUUGGAAAUCGUUUAAUCAAAUUCAUGAGUCAUUUGGUAUGGAACCUCGAAAUGGUCCAUGCCAUGACAUUGAUGUAUACAUGAGGCCGUUGAUAGACGAGUUGCGAACAUUGUGGGAAAUUGGUGUUGAAACGUAUGAUAUAUAUGCAAAGCAGAAUUUUCAGAUGAGAGCUGCAAUUCUUUGGACUAUCAAUGAUUAUCCAGCUUAUGCAUACAUGUCAGGUUGGAGUACGUCUGGCAAAUUGGCAUGCCCAUAUUGUGCAUCUGAUACUUCGCAUCGUUGGUUAUCUCAUGGGUCUAAAACAUGUUAUUUGGGUCAUAGACGAUUUUUACCGUCUGACCACGUAUGGCGUAAUCAACGAAGCCAAUUUGAUAAUACAAGGGAAACAAGACUUGCACCCAAGAGACCAUCUGGUGAUGAUGUGAUAAAUGAACUUAGUGAAUUAAGAGAAAUAACACAUGGCAAGGAUGGGAAAAAGCAUACAAUACUUUGGUUUGGAAAAGAUCAUAAUUGGAAAAAACAUUCGAUAUUUUUCCAAUUGCCUUACUGGAAAACACUUUUGGUGCGUCACAAUUUAGAUGUCAUGCACAUUGAGAAAAAUGUAUUUGAGAAUGUGAUUGGCACAAUGAUGAGCAUUGAUGGUAAAACAAAAGAUUCUUUAAAUGCUCAUCUUGAUCUUCAAGAAAUGGGUAUAAGACAGAGGUAUCAUCCAGAAGAAGGAGAUAAUGGUAAGCUCUAUUUUAUCCCAGGUGAUUAUACAUUGUCAAAUGAUGAUAACAAAGCUUUAUGUCAAUGGUUAAUGGAGUUAAAAGUUCUAGAUGGGUACUCUGGAAAUUUAUCUCGAUGUGUUAAUGCUUCAGAACGUAAUAUUUCUGGUAUGAAAACUCAUGAUUGUCAUGUGUUCUUAGAGAGAUUACUUCCAUUUGUGGUGCGAGAUUUAUUAACCAAAUAUGUCACAGAACUAUACAACGAUGGUAAAGUUAGUAAGCAAAUGCUUUCUUUGGCUCGAGGUCCUGAAAGGUUCAAAGUGAACUUAAUGGGAAAGAGAAUAAUGGCAUAUCGGAAAAUUUGA